UUUAUUUGCUGAUUGCAAUAUGGAAGGCAACAAACUCAACCUCCGCAUGGACUCUUUAGACGAUGAUGACGACUCUUCUUCGUCUUCGAGCAGCUCAUCCAGCGACGACUUCAAUGUGUUCAACGACACCAUCACGAACAACACCGCUCCACAGAGUGUGGCUGGCACCGAGGCAUUCGAAGACGAGCACAAGCAAGAAAAGCAAGAAAUCAAUGCAAAGUAUGAACACUUCCCACUCAUUGUGGAAGGCCCUGAGUUCAACAAAGACCACUCGUUCUUCUUGAUGCACAAGAACGCAGACAUUGCCAGUUUAGAGAAAGCGAUCUUAGCUGAAGACUUCGACAAAGAAAGAGAAGAACGGCUUCUUGACAUGGAGUUCCGGAUUCUCAACCGUGUCUGUCACACAAUGGUCCAUUUCCAGGGUUUGCACAGAGAACACAACCAAGAGUUCAAGGCACAGAACAGGUACAAUGAAGUGUUGCCUUACAAGCACAACUUGGUCGAAGUCAGAGACAAAGAUGGCAACAACAUUUAUGUGAAUGGAAGCUACAUCAACAUCCCGAUCCGCAACUUCGGAGAAAGAGCCUUCAUUGCAGCUUCAGCGCCAGUCGAGAAGUCACUGAACAACUUCUGGGAAAUGAUCUUUCAGAACAAAGUCCCCAUGAUCGUCAUGCUUUGAAACAUCGAAGAGAAAAGCAUUGUCUGAGAAAAGUACUGGGACGACGAGACUCCCAAUGAGUUCGGUGAGAUCACUGUCAAGCCACUCUCAGUGACAGGAGAAGGCGAGAAAAUCAUCAAGAGAGUCUUCGAAGUGUCGAAGGAGUCUAGUGAUGAAAUCCUCACGGUUACUCAACUACACCACACAAACUGGCUGGAUGAUCAUGCUCCGUUUAGUGAAGAAUACCAGGACAUCGACUUGCUUAUGAAGUAUGUCAGCGAAUACAGAAGCAGUCACUUCACAGAGUCUGAGUCAAAGAGGCCUGACCCCAUUCUUGUUCACUGAAGCGCUGGCAUCGGAAGGACUGGAACCUUCAUUGCACUGCACUGUCUUGUCGAAGUGUUAGAAGCCAUCAAGAAAGGCACCUACAACAACACUUGGGGAGAACUCAAAGGGAACGACUCUGGCACCGACAUCAGUGAGAUCGUCGAGAGAUUCCACGACUUCGAGAAGCCCCGCUUUUCACCAUUCGGGGUGACCAGGAGACUCAAAGAACAAAGGUUCGGAAUGGUGAAGACCCAGAAGCAGUACGAGUUUUUGUACUCAUACAUGGGCCACUAUCUCAACAAAGCGUAACAGCCUGAAGACUUAAGCCUUAA